AGCCAUGAUUGAAUGGCGGAGUGGACUCGAUGGGCCAAAUGGCCUUUCUUCCACUCCUAUGUCUUAUGGCCUUACGUUGUCCUCACUGAGGGACAGCCUGCAAGGCUAAGCUGAGGCUCACAGGCCAUCAGUGAACCCGCAGCCUACACUGAGACCUCACAGAGUCCAGCCAUCAAAAAGUGAGGAACUUGAUCGUGAACCUCAUUGAGAUGGUCUCCGAGCAACCCGUCACCUAGCAACCACCUUCCCCAGUCCUCUCCGAGGGCCGCCUGGCUCCGCGAAGUCGGGGUCAGAGGUCAGAGUCGACGAGUGAUCACCGGAGGGGGUUUUGUCGGUUUCUCUGGAGUAAACACAUUGAGAACAAGCAGCUUUUCAGAAGAACUGGAAACAUUUGGAUCAUGGAUUAUUACAGCCUUUGCACUUCUUAAGCAUUUGUGGUGUUUGACUUGGUCUGCUAUUGCUUUCUCCUUUUGAGUCUUAAUACAAGUUCAAAUCCACCAAAUCUUUUGGGAAAAUGGAGAGUCCUUCCUAUAUUAAGGAAUGUUACAAUCACUGUCAAGCAAUUCUUCAGAAACUUUACGAACAGCGAGCUAUAGGUUUAUUUUGUGAUAUUGCAGUUGUUGUGGAGGGAAAGACUUUUCAUGCUCAUAAAAACAUCUUGUCUGCAUGCAGCAGCUAUUUCUAUACAACCCUGAGCAAGAAUAACCAGGAAUGCACAGUUGUGCUAGAUACAGUGAGCCUGGAGGGUUUUAGCCAUUUGUUAGAAUAUUUUUAUACUUCUAAGGUCCCAGGUUGUCACAUGAAUGACUUCCUUUCAGCUGCUCAGAGUUUGAAUGUUUGUGUACCAGUAAAGCUUCACGUGGAGAAUAGUGGAAUUAAUGGUAAUGGCCAAAUAUCAGACAAAGAGAUCUGUAAAUUAAGGAAUGUUCUUGUAAGAAACCAAGAAGUGGAAGACCUAGAACUCCUUAAGAGAGUGAAGGAAGAUAAUUCUGUGUGGGCGGCAAGUCCAUCUUGCAAAACUGAAUUGAACAAUGAAUCAAUUGUUAACAAAAAGGUUCACAGAUCAUGCUUGGCUGAAAUCAAAACUCGAUUGCAGACUGCCAGAUUAGCUAGAACAAUUGUUUCUAGCAGAAAACCCAGAUGUCUAAAGACCAGCCUAACUCGUGUGAAUGGGAGAGAAGGGAAUCAAGAUAUUAUUGCCAAAUCGGAAAAUUGUAAGGUUCCAUGUCAGUGGACAAAAGUGAGCUUAAGUGGAUCCCAGAGAGCGGCUGGACCUGAAAUACUAAAUAUUGCUGUGGGGGAGAGAGACUCAAAGAAUGGUAUACAUGAUAGUGUCAAAAAUAGCACCAGUGUUUUGCCAUCUUUGAAUAUGGAAUCUUCACUACUGACACAUUGUGGGAGGCCAAAACGAUCAAAGGGGAAACCACAGAAGGAUUCUAUAUUAAUAACCAAGAACCUUUCAGGAGAUGGCGAUGACAUUCUGGAAAGGAAACAACUGAGAUGUGAAGGUUGUAAGAAGCUGCUGCCAUAUACACUCUACCGCUCCCAUCAGGUUUCUGCUGGUGAGGAGUUGUUCAGGUGUGACAUGUGUGAGAAAUUGUUCAGUUACAGGUGAGUUACUGCUUCUACAGAACUCUGGGUUAUCUCAGUUCAUCAAGUAAGGAGAAUUUUGUUGUGCAGCCAGUUAGUAUUUUUUUAAUACAUGCUAGAAUGUGGUUAGUACUGGUAUUUUUUGCCAGAAUGAUGGUGGACCAUUACCUUGAAACAGUUUGUUCUAACUGAAUAACGUUUUAAAUGAUUCUUAAUUAUCUAUGAUAUUGGCGUGGGGCUGGAGUCGCAUGCAGAACAACCUAGCUGAGGAUGCCAGGUUUCCUUCCCAAAAGGAUAUCAGUGAAAUAUUUGGAUUUUCAUAACAGUAUGACAUGUUCUGUGUCACUUUUACAGUUUCAGAUUUUUGAAACAAGUAACAAAAUUUAGCUUCUCCGACUGAUGGCUACGAUGGGAUCUGAACUCAUGUUCUCUGAAUGUUGGUUCAAUAACAUAAUCAGUACCAUUAUUGUGGUGAUGCCUUUAGUUAUUUUAGUGUACCCUCAUUUUCCUGUUUAAUUCUGGAUUUUGGUGCUGUCCUUAGUCAACCCUGUGUUGCUUAUAGAAAAGAAGAAUGUAAUAUUGGCCCAGGGUUAUGUGCAUGCACAUACAAACACACAAGUACAGCAAUGUGUUUCUCCUACAACUUCCAGUUUCAAUCCUUCCAGUUAGGUUUGCAUCCACCUUGCAGCACUAAAAUGGCCCUAAACAAAGUUAUGGAUGAGAUCCAUGUAAAAGUACUACUUUACAUUGCCUCAUAGUUUCUUUGUGGUUUUUACACAGUUAGCUUCAUAAUUCUCCAAUAGCUUUCUUUUAUUGUUCAACUUGAUUAGGUUGUCUUUCACUUGUUUAACAGAGGUUCUCCAGCAAUGGCUUCUGUUCCCUUACCUGCACUGUCAUCCUGGGUUUACAUCUCCUUAUCCUUAUCCAUAUCUAUAUCCUAUCUCAUCGUAACAUUAGAUUGUACGAUUCCAUAUGUAUGUUGAUAACAUCAAAUUCUAUUUCACCACUACUUCUCUCAAUCACUUCACUGUCUGUGUUCUCAACUGCUUACCUGACCUGAUUCUUGGAAAAGCUGCAGUAACCUCCAGCUAAGUGGUGGAAAUACCAAAGCCAACACCGACAGCCCUGGCCACUAUCUCAAGCUGAAUCAGACUGUUUGAAAUCUCAAUGUCCUGUUGUAGCUCCAGCUAAGCUUCUAACACCAUAUUCUUUCCAUCAAAGAGAUUAUUUACUUUCAUCUCUGUGCCAUCAUCCAGCUAGGACCCUGCCUUUGAAAACCACAUCAAUAUCUGUUCCAUCUUCUGACUUGACUAUUGGAUGAGCAUCUGAAGAUGCUAUCCAUGGACAGAU